GCGGGUGUUUCUGGGGUGCCGUCGCGGACGCGAACGGUGGACCCCUCGACGGGCGAGUGGACCGAGCCGCGGGACUUCCCGAAGCCCGCGGGCAUAGACCAAACGGAGAUCAGGGAAUUACGCGGAGGCGAGGGCCCUCUCCGCCAAGUUCCGGGCGCUGCAGGAGGCCGGGUCGCCGAGGAAGCGGGUGGCGGUCAUCGGCGGGGGGCUGUCGGGGCUCGCCUGCGCCAAGUACCUGGCCGAUGCGGGCCACCAGCCGGUGGUGCUGGAAGCCCGCGAGGUGCUCGGCGGGAAGGUGUCUGCGUGCUUGCCCGAAGGACGGGGACUGGGUCGAGACGGGCUUGCACAUCUUCUUCGGGGCGUACCCGAACAUGAUGAACCUCUUCGCAGAGCUCGGGAUCGAGGACCCGAAGACGAACAAGUUGCAGUGGAAGAGGCACCAGAUGACCUUCGCGAUGCAGGAGCUCCCGGGCGAGUUCACCACCUUCGAGUUCCCUGGCCUGCCGGCUCGCCGAACGUGGCCGCUGCGAUCCUGCUAA